AUGGAAACCAGCUAUAGGUCGUACCAACGAGUUUUGAACAUUUCAGUCAAACCCUCACCAUCAUCAUUAUUAUCAUCAACAAAAAAGGUAAAUUGCUCGCGUACAAAAGUUAGCAAGCCAAGGAAGGACGAAAGUCAAAUCAAAAGAAGAACGAAAACUGGUUGCUUUACUUGCCGAAAGAGAAAGAAGAAGUGUGAUGAAGAUAAGGUAAAUGGCAAAUGUCAAGCUUGUACUAGAAAUUUUUUGGAAUGUUGUUGGCCCGAACCUGCCGCCAAUCAAGAUAGUCGGAAGGAGCUAGAAGAAAGCGUCAAAACUGCAACCGUGAGGUCAACCAAAUGUGAUAUAAGUUCAUUGUUAUCGUCACCAAUUACCCAUGAAGCACCUUUGUCACCAGAAGUUGCAAUGAAAUCCACACCAAUGGCUGUAAAACAGGAGGUCAAUCCUUAUCCAAGUCCCAUGCAAUCCCCCAUAUCCCAUCAUCCAGGCAGUCCCAGCCAAGAUGUAAGUUUCAUGACUUUACCACCAUUACGUAAUAUCAGCUACAAGUUACAAGCUAAAGACAGCAAUGUACGAGGACUGCGAUUUGAAGAUUCUGGAGAGAAGGAGAACAGAGACGACAUCAAGAAGCACGCGUCAAGCACAAAGUUCAUAAUCACCAGCUUUGAUUCUCGAAAGGAUUUGUGUGGGGUUUAA